CCUAAUUGGGACGCCAUAGAAAAACCCCGUCUUGUCUUCAAUCACUAUCUCGUAGCAAAGCCGCCGAAGAAGGCAUCAACAACAACAGGAUGAGGAAUUAUGAUGGCUUUCAGGAAGUAUGAUGUUCUUAAGAGCUGUUGACAUGGAUAUUAAGAGCUUGUGAAUUUGAAAGCAAUUCAAUAUUUAGCAAUUAAAACUUCAGCAUGUUCAGAGUGGGCAGUUCCUGCUCAAAAUUAUGGAGGCUGUAUAGUUCUGCAAGCACGAGCUUGGAAGCAAUUGAUCCUGCAAGAAGAGUAUGCAAGAUAUUGAUGGCUUGCCCUAAGGUUGGCAUUGAGCAGACGCUUGAUGAUAGUGGGAUACGUGUGUCGCCAGAAUUGGCAGAGCAAAUCUUAAAGACAUUUGAGAAUGCCGGUAUGCUUGCAUAUCGUUUCUUUGAUUGGGCUGGAAAGCAGCGGCACUUCUCCCAUACUGUCAGGGCUUACCACACUAUGAUCGGCUCCUUAGCGAAGAUUAGGCAGUACCAGAUCAUGUGGGACCUUGUCAAUGCUAUGCGUCAUCAAGGUGUCCUCAACAUUGAGACGUUCUGCAUCAUAAUGCGCAAGUAUGCGAGGGCGCAGAAGGUUGAGGAAGCCAUCUACACCUUUAACAUUAUGGAGAAGUAUGAUGUUGCUCCAAAUUUGGCAGCUUUCAAUAGCCUUCUCAGUGCACUUUGCAAAUCCAAGAAUGUGAGAAAGGCUCAGGAGGUGUUUGACAGAAUGGGCGAUCGGUUUGUGCCUGAUGCCAAGACUUUCAGCAUUUUGCUUGAGGGUUGGGGGAGGGCCCCGAAUUUGCCGAAGAUGAGAGAGGUGUUUGAUGAAAUGACUGCAAAAGGAUGUGAGCCUGACAUUGUCACAUAUGGCAUUAUGGUUGAUUCGCUUUGCAAGGCAGGUCGGGUGGGAGAAGCUCUUGAUGUCCUUAGGGAAAUGGAGUUUGGAGGUUGUCCACCGACUUCAUUUAUUUAUAGCGUAUUGAUUCAUACUUACGGGACUGAGAAGCGAUUAGAGGAUGCUGUCAGUACAUUUUUUGAGAUGCAAAGAAAUGGGGUUAUACCUGAUGUUGCGGUGUACAAUGCUCUGAUUACUGGAUUUUGCAAAGCAAACAGGUUUGAUGAUGCUUUUAAGGUUCUGGGAGAAAUGGAGGAUAAGGGUGUUACUCCUAAUUCAAGAACCUGCAAUGUUAUUUUGAACAGCUUGAUCAGCCUUGGAAAGAAUGACGAAGCAUAUCGGGUAUUCCGACACAUGAUCAAGCUUUGUGAGCCUGACUCUGACACAUACACGAUGAUGAUAAAGAUGUUUUGUGAGAGUGAUAAAUUGGAAAAGGCUUUGAAAGUGUGGAAAUACAUGGCCUUGAAGCAAUUUAUUCCGAGUAUGCACACCUUUUCUGUGCUUAUCAAUGGAUUAUGUGAGAAGGGCGAAGUCAACAAGGCUUGUGCCUUUCUUGAAGAGAUGAUUGAGAAGGGUAUUCGCCCUCCGGGCUCAACAUUUGGAAAGUUAAGGCAAUUACUUUUGAAGGAAGGCCGAGAAGAUGUUCUUGAAUUUCUUGUUGAUAAGAUGAAUGUUCUGAUCAAGGAGCCUUUGUGUGACUAGAAAUGACGGUUCAUAGGCCUGUGUUGUUGCAGAAACUCUCUCUCUCUCUGUGAGAGUAGUUUGUCACAAUGAUGAGAUAUGGCAUUUGACCACCUUUCUUAAAACUCGACAUCAAUGAUAUUUCUUUCAGAGAAUAUACUUCCUCACAAGCAUUUCUUUUGUUGGAAUUGCUUGGAAACACAUUCCAUUAUUCAAAUUGGUUUGCCCUGAUUUGCCAAAUGCAGUGACUGCAGUAUUAACAAUUCCCAUUGUACAUAUUCAUCGUCCGGUUUUCAGAGUGGAUGUUACAAAAAUUUAUCACUUACAGAGUUUCAGAAGCAGGAGAUGCAUAUGACACUAACCAACACAGGCUUGAGGAUCAUCCUGACAUUAGCUAUGCAUGUUGAAAAUGUCGUCAUGCUAACACUGAGGUCAGGAACAACAUGAAGCACAUCUCCUCCUUAAAUUGGUAACUUUACUUCACCAUGGAUAAAAGCUUCUUAUCAAGUUAUCUUUUACCUAUAUUUGAUGUAAUUUAACUCUUGGUUAUUUUUAUUUUAUUCUUAUUGUUUUUGUAUUAAACUCUUGGUUAUCUUUGUAACAUUUCAUCAAGAUUCUGAUUUA